AUGGGAAACGACACUGCUGCGGAAGGAACAGUUGUGGAGGACGCAGAGGAAGCUGCGCUUUCCAACAGGAGCAAAGACCACAAUGAAAAUUGCGCGGAGCAGGUGGGAGACUCCACAAACAGAACUGACCCAACCGAAAUGAACAAAACGAAGAAGUCGGUGAAUGGGUUUGCCGCUAACAUCGCCAUGGAGGCCCUCGCGAAGGCGUCCACAUUUAUUUCAAAAAAUGAGCGCGUACAGAAGGAGUACAGCGGCGUAGGGCUGAACAACGAAGAAGAUAAUGAAAAGUCUCAGGAGGGCCUGGACGUCAACGGACACACCUCUCGCCCGAGUGGAGCGCAAAUCGGGCCAAACAGGAAUUUCUUACACGGGGCCCACUCCAUCAUGCCAGGAACGGACAAGGAACUUCAGGAAAAGCUGAAGAGCCGACGGUUUGACGCGUAA